AUGGACGAUUCAGAUGAAGAAUACCUCAGUCCUUCUAUGCCUCCAUCCAGAGGGUCCACCGACUCGCCCAAGGGCGAUGGUGUGUCGAGACGAACCAGAUCCAGCGCCAACGGCGCCAUCAGCGACCUCAAGGGGGCCAAUGGGUAUGCGUGGGAAGACGAGAUCCAGAGAUCGUGGGACAUAGUCAAGAACGACGAGAAUGGCGACAGGUCGUUGGAGUCGAUCAUCCAGAGCAUGAUCGAGGCCCGCAAGAAGAAGAUCAUGCGGAACCCGUCAACCCCGUUCCAAAGAGGCAUUAUUCGGACGUUGAUCGUGGUGAUUGAUGGGUCCCUGGCCAUGCUCGAAAAGGACCUCAGACCCACCAGAUUCGCCAUGACCCUCUCGUUGAUCCAGGAGUUCAUUGUGGAGUUCUUCGACCAGAAUCCCAUCUCGCAAAUGGGGAUAUUGAUGAUGAGAAACGGGGUUUCCAACGUGAUCAGUGAGGUUAGCGGGCUGCCCCAGUACCAUAUCGACAAAAUCAGACAGUUGAAAGCCAGACAGCACAACAGAUACGAGCCCAAGGGCGACCCCUCGUUGCAGAACUCGUUGGAAAUGGCACGCUCCAUGUUGAUGUACAACUUUGGUGGGGGCCACUCCAACGACACCAAAAAUUCCAAGGAGAUCCUCCUCAUUUUUGGGGCCUUGUUCACCAGUGACCCGGGCGAUAUACACAAGACCAUCGACCACUUGGUGCGGGACGACAUCAAGGUAAAGAUCAUCGGACUCUCGGCACAGGUGUCAAUUUGUCAGGAGUUGGUCAACAGAACCAACAACGAACAGAAAAGCAUUUCCUCCAAAAACUACGGUGUCAUCAUGCACGAGACCCAUUUCAGGGAACUUUUGAUGGACUGUGUGGUGCCGUUGCCCAUUUCUGAAAAGGACAAGGCCGAGCAGAAUGAGAAGAAGAACGGGGUGCCUUUGAUCAAAAUGGGUUUCCCAUCCAAGAUCCAGCCCAAGUUCACAGUGUCCAUCAACAACCCCAACUUCAACAUCGACUUCCCCCAAUUGAGUGCCUCCCAUCCCACUCAGGGUUCCGAGGACUCCAAGCAAGUGGUCGAGGUCUCAACUGGAGAACUUGGGAGCGACAUGAACCCGAACAAUGUUAUUGGGUACCAAUGCCCGCAAUGCAAAAACAAAGUAAGUAAUUUACCCACAGUUUGUCCUGUUUGUGGGUUGAUGUUGAUUCUUUCCACCCACUUGGCCAGGUCGUACCAUCAUUUGGUGCCGUUGGCCCCAUUCACUGAAGUUCCAGUCAGCUCCAGCUAUACCAGCCAGUAUUGCUACGGAUGUCUCUUGAUGUUCCCAAAGGGUGUUUCGGUAAAAUCGAAGGCGUCCUUGGAGUCCAUGACCAGUUCCCGGUACAGAUGUAUGAAGUGCUCCAACGAUUUUUGCAUUGAUUGCGAUGUCUUCGUUCAUGAAGCAUUGCACAACUGUCCAGGAUGUGAGAACAAUUGA